AGCCAGGCGUGGCAGGUCUAUGUACCACCGGCUCAGUCCCCAGGGUAGACAUCUUACUGGCCAGCCUGGGUCAGGUGCCCACUUCUGGUCUACUCUGGUCAUCCCUGGCCAGGGGACAGGAUCUCCUACCCUAGUCAUCUAUCCAGUCAGUCAACAAAUACUGAGUGCCCACCCUGAGUCAGACACUGUUAUAGGCGCUAGGGGACACAGCCAGGGACAAGACAGGGCCUGGCCUGGAGCUGGUGUUCUGGCGACUGAGAAGCAUAUUCAUUUCCUGUCAGUGCCGUGGCAAAUUGCCACAAAUUUAGCAGUUCAGAUUUUAUUAUCUUACAGUUCUGGAGGUCAGAAGUCUGAAAUGGCUUUCAUUAAGCUAAAGCCCAGGUGUUGGCAGGGCUGUUCCUCCUUCUGGAAGCCCUAGGGCAGAAUCCAUUUCUUGCCUGUACCAGCCUCUACAGGCCCCGGGCACUCCUCGGCUCAGGGCCACGUCCCCUGUCUUCAAAGCCAGCAAUGGCCGGUUGAGUCUGUCAAGGAGGCUUCACGCUGACUCCUCUGUUGACACAUCUCUUUCUCUGACUCGGGUUCUCCCGCCUCCCUCUUUCACGGGCCACACCCAGUAAGUCCAGGAUGAUCGCCCCAUCUCAAGGUCUUUAGCUUAAUCACACCUGCAAAAUCCUUUUUGCCUUGUUAGGUCACAGUCACAGAUUCUGCGGAUUAGGAUGUGGACAUCUUUGGGGGCCAUAGCAGUCAGAAAACAAGCGAAAACUCAAGAACAGUCUGACCAUUCAGUGCGACAAGGAAGCUAAACCUGGCUGGACAGGAAGUGAGGCGAAGUGGGCAGGGAGGACAAAUGGUGGCACAGUCAGGACGGGCUAGGCUUUGCUGUGGUGACACACAGCCCCAAAUCUCUGUGGUCUACAACCACAAAGCUAGUCUGCUCACACUACCCGUUCACCCAGGGUUGGCAGGGCCCUCUGCUCCUCAGAGUCGCAUCAGGCACUUGGCGGAGGGUGGCCCCUCUUGAUGCUUCUGCCAUCGACCCAGAGCCACUCCUCAGUCCUGUAGGCUUCCACCCAGAAGGGACACCUGUCACUCUCACCCUCAUGCCAUUGGCCAAAGCAAGCCAUGUGGCCAUGCCUGAGUUCCACAGGACAGGUGUAGAAUCCUCCAGCAGAUACUUGGGGACAGUCUGCCACAGAUGGAAUGGGCCAGCAAGACAUUCCGAGGAUGCCAGCUGUGGAAGGGAACUUACAUUUCCUCAUCUACCACCUCACCCGCCAAUUUGGAGUUGAAGAAACCAAGCUCCCACAGCGGCAAAGCCAGAGCCAGAGUGCCACUUGCUAGGCCUGAUGUGACAAGACAUCCCCUGAGUCCUGUGUGCCAGGCCUUGGCAGGCAAAGCUGGAGGGCCCGAGGACGGUCAGACCCAGCCACGCAACAAGCUCCCCGCUCCCGCAGCUCCCGGAGCCAGAUCGGCCUCGAGCCCCGCUCUCCGUGCACCGUGCGUGCAGUCAGGGCGACCGUCCCGCCCUCGGCCCCGAGCUCCGCGAAGGCGCCAUCGGCGGCGUGAGCGGCCACCUGUCGCCACCAGGGGGCGCCCUGGGCCCCGGCCCAAAUUCCACCCCUGCUCACUCUCUCCCCCCAAAAAACUUCCUUUCACUUUCAGUCUCUGGCUGUCACCCGGCUUGGCCCCUUCCACACCCAGCUGGGACAAGCCUGGUGUGUGAGGAGCACUGGACUCCAGACCAGGCCACAGGCAUGAGGGGCCGCCGGCCGAGAUGACAGUGCUGGCACCAGCCUGGAGCCCAGCUACCCCCCUGCUGCUGCUGCUGCUGCUCAGCCCCGGCCUCCGCGGGACCCAGCACUGCUCCUUCGAACACAGCCCCAUCUCCUCCAACUUCGCUGUCACCAUCCGCAAGCUGUCUGACUACCUGCUUCUGGAUUACCCGGUCACUGUGGCCUCCAACCUGCAGGAAGAGGAGCUGUGCGGGGCACUCUGGCGCCUGGUCCUGGCGCAGCGCUGGAUGGAACAGCUCAAGACUGUGGCUGGGUCCCAGAUGCAAGGCCUGCUGGAGGCUGUCAACACCGAGAUAGUCUUUGUCACCUCAUGUACCUUUCAGCCCCUCCCCAGCUGUCUUCGCUUCGUCCAGACCAACAUCUCCUGCCUCCUGCAGGACACCUCCCAGCAGCUGGUGGCUCUGAAGCCCUGGAUCACCCGCCGGAAUUUCUCGCCGUGUCUGGAGCUCCGUUGUCAGCCCGACCCCUCCACCCUGCCGCCCCCACAGAGUCCUGGCGCCUGGGGGGCCACAGCCCUGCCAGCGCCCCAGCCACCUCUGCUGCUGCUGCUGCUGUUGCUGCUGCUCCUGCCAGUGGCCCUGGUGCUGCCAGCCGCUGCCUGCUGCCUGCGCUGGCGAAGGACGAGGCAGAGGAUGCCCUGCCCUGGGGAACAGGCGCCCCCCACCUCCAGUCACCAGGAUGUGCUGCUUGUGGAGCCCUGACCUGCCUGGGGCCUCAUCUCGCCCCGUGAGACAGACGCAUCUAUCAUCCCAUUUUACAGAGGAGGACACUGAGGCCCAGAGUGGGGAGUCACCAGCCAGAGGAUGCACA